AUGGGUUCUAAAGAUGUCUUGGCAGAAGAUGAGGAGCUUCGUGAACUGCAGGAGCGGGUGGGUACUCUGUCUCCAAGAGUGUCGUUGGUCGCGAUUUGUGAGCCUAAGACUUCCCUUCUGAACCUGGAUUCUAUCAGGGUGAAGGUGGGAAUGGACUUAGCUAUUGCGAAUCAGGCAGGUAGUGUUUGGGUUUUGUAUAAGUCGUCGUUCGAUUGUCAGACAAUGGGGGAAUCUGAGCAGCACAUCACGCUGCGCGUGGUUUCCCAGUUAUUGCCUGAGGAGAUGUAUUUUUCUUUCGUUCAUGCAAAGUGCACCGGCCAGGAGAGGGAGGGGCUCUGGGAAGAACUGUUGCGAGAGAAGCAAGAUGUUAAGCCAUGGUUUCUGGUGGGAGAUUUUAACGUAAUUUUGUCUGCAGAAGAGAAACGGGGUGGCGUUCCUUUCAGGCAGGCUGAUGGGGUGGAGUUAGCACAGUUCAUGUCUUUAGCAGGGGUUGGAGAUGCUGGCUACUCGGGGUCUAGGUAUACUUGGUGCAACAAUAGGCAAGGUAUGGCCAGGGUUUGGAAACGGUUGGACAGGAUGCUGAUUAACUCGGCAGCUAUGAGGAUGGGAAGUGAGUUCACUGUACAGCAUUUGGGGAGGGACCCAUCGGAUCAUGCGCCACUCCUAUUAUCUGCGGUCACGAGAUUGGAUGGUAAGCCGUCACCUUUCCGAUUCUUAAAUGUUUGGACAACAAAGUCGGGUUUCAUGGAUGUGGUUAGAGAGUGUUGGUCUGGAUCCCUACCAGGGUCGCCUCUCAAGGUGUUAUCGGAGAAGCUCCGAAAGAUGAAACAUGCGCUUCGCCACUGGUCUAGGAGUUCUUUUGGGGAUAUAUUCUUGGAGACUUGGUCCCCGGAGCAGAAGGUGGCAGAGGCCGAAAUAGCCCAUGAUGACAACCCUUCCGAGGAGUUGCUACUACAAUUACAAGAAGCACGCGCUCCGUUGCGGAAUGCUUUGAGGGUUGAAGAGGAGUUUUGGAAGCAGAAAGCACGGGUUAAGUGGCUGGCAGAUGGUGACCGGAAUACGGUUUUCUUUCAUUCUAUAGUGACGGAAAGACGGAGAAAGUCGGUUAUUCAUCGAGUUAGGAGGACAAAUGGUGAAUGGGUGGAUGAUGAGGCAAGUAUUUGUAAUGAGGCCGUCAAUUUCUUUCAGGGUUUAUUUACAGAGGAGGUGGGGUGUGUUUCCAGUGACAUGUUGAAGGUCAUCCCGAGGGUUAUUACUGCUCAGGAUAACAGUGGACUGACGGAAAUCCCUUCCAUGGACGAAGUGAAGGAGGUCUUGUUCUCAAUGGAUGGGGACAGUGCCGCGGGCCCGGAUGGCUUUACAGGUAAGUUUUUCACGACUGCUUGGGAGGUGGUUGCUACGGAUAUUCACCGGGCUAUAGUGAGCUUCUUUUGUGGCACGGAGAUGCUGAGGACGACAAUGGCUGACAACUCUCUAUUAGCUCAGGAGUUGCUGAGCGAUAUUAGGAAACCCAAUCGGGGAGGGAAUGUGGUGAUCAAGUUGGAUAUGAUGAAGGCUUACGAUAGGGUAUCGUGGAUGUUUUUAGUACAAGUCCUUCGGCGUUUUGGGUUUAGCGAGCGGUGGAUUGAUAUGGUGUGGAGGCUGGUAUCAAAUGUGUGGUUUUCUGUACUUGUAAAUGGCUCGUCGCAUGGGUUUUCCAAGUCCACCCGAGGCUUGCGCCAGGGCCUCUGCAACGACGUGGAAUGA